AUGACGACAGUCCGAAGGAACAGGAACCUGAGGAGUGUGUUGUUAACGCGUGUACGAGUUGUUAGUCGGGUGCAGUCUUUCGGACGCACACACAGAAGUGCCCUGUAUUCUUGCUGCUCCCAUUAUGGUUGUUCGCCUGCUGUUUUCUUGAUUCACCGGGUUCACUUCUUGAGACGCUUUUAA